AUGAUCCCCUUGAUCAACAAGCCAUUCGAAGCUCUAUCGGGCAUUGUUGGAUCAAACCCCGAUGAGCUCAAGAUCAUCUUCUCCUUUCUGCUCUCCUACCCACUGGCUGGCCUUUUGAAGCGCAUACCUGAUGCAAAGCCGGCUUAUAAGAAUGUAUUCAUCAUUGGCACCUCCUUGUUCUACCUCGUUGGGCUCUUCGACCUGUGGAGCGGCCUUCGCACCAUUGCCAUCAGCUCUGUCGGUGCGUAUUGCAUUGCAAAAUACCUGCAGAAAAGCCCAUAUAUGCCAUGGCUUGGUUUCCUCUUUCUGAUGGCGCACAUGUCCAUCAGUCAUAUUCAGCGUCAGACUCGGAAUGAUCCAUCCGCUAUCGAUAUUACUGGCGCGCAAAUGGUCCUCCUCAUGAAACUGAGUGCCUUUUGCUGGAAUCUUGCCGACGGUCAGCUUCCUGAGGAUCAACUAACUGAUUUCCAAAAAGAGCGCUCUUUGAAGGAGGUACCCGAACUACUGGACUAUUGUGCGUACGUGAUGUUCUUUCCCUCUCUUCUCGCCGGUCCUGCCUUUGACUAUAUCGAUUAUCAGCGAUGGAUCGACACGACCAUGUUCGAUAUUCCUGCAGGUGUCGACCCAUCCAAGAAGCCCCCGUCGCGAAAGAAGCGAAGGAUUCCUCGUAGUGGGACGCCGGCUUUAAUAAAGGCCCUCACUGGUCUCGUCUGGGUCGGCCUCUUCGUUCUCUUGGCUGGCUACUUUAAUCAUCAAGUCCUGAUCUCGGACACAUACAUGCAGAAAGGCUUCCUCAAUCGCGUCUUUAUCAUGUACGCGACUGGAGUCGUCACUCGUCUCAAAUAUUACGGCGUCUGGACCCUGACUGAAGGGGCCUGCAUACUUGCUGGCCUCGGAUAUAAUGGUGUUGACUCCGUCACUGGCAAGGUUUCGUGGAACCGUCUACAGAACAUUGAUCCCAUCGGUGUGGAGACGGCACAAAAUCCGCGAGCCUAUCUCGGUGGCUGGAACAUGAACACGAAUCACUGGCUGCGCAAUUACGUAUACCUUCGUGUUACCCCCCGAGGCAAGAAGCCCGGCUUUCGAGCUAGCAUGAUCACCUUUGCUACCAGUGCUCUUUGGCACGGCUUCUACCCCGGCUACUAUCUCACUUUCAUUCUUGCGAGCUUGAUACAGACUGCAGCCAAGAACUUCCGACGCCAUGUUCGGCCAUUCUUCUUGGAGGCAAACACGGGAGAGCCGACUAAGAACAAGAAGUACUAUGACCUUGCCAGUUUCUUCAUCACACAGGUGACCUUUUCAUUUGCUACCAUGCCGUUCCUAGUGCUCAGCUUCAGAGGAUCUCUCUUGGCAUGGUCUCGCGUCUACUUCUACGCCCUCGUUUGGACCCUUACUUCGCUGGCCUUCUUUGCCUCCCCAGGCAAGACUCUCCUAAAAAAGCAGCUUGAGAAGCGACAAGGAAAGGCCAACGCGAAGCUUGUCCGGUCCCUCAGCACUGAUAGUCUCACGGGCAACCACCCGAUUCUCGGUAUCUCCAAAGACCCCGAGAGAGAUAUUUCUGAAGCCAUGGAAGAGAUUCGUAUCGAGGUUGAGGCGCUUCAGAAGAAAACUUCCUGA